AUGGAUCAAGCCGCUGCACAGCCCCGGAAAUGCCCGGGACUGAACUGUGAAAAUGAUGCGUCUACCCUACAGUGUCCCAAGUGCAAGGAAAUGGGCGUUGACAGUUUCUUCUGUUCACAAGACUGUUUCAAACGGAGUUGGGCCGAACACAAAGUCCUUCACAAAAGUACGAACCUUUUCCGCAACUAUUUUCCUCCCAGUGUCGUUUCUAAAGUUGAUCCAGAAAGCGGCCAUUACAAUCCAUUCCCUACGUACCUAUUCACGGGCCCCUUAAGACCUGUCUACCCCCUCUCACCCAAACGCGAGAUUCCCAAGUCAAUACGGCAUCCCGAAUGGUGGCAAGAUGGUAUACCGAGAUAUCCACACAUCCGCAAGAACAACGUCCAGAUCCUAGACGAGAAAGGCAUCGCGGGGAUGCGGAAAGUCUGCAGACUAUCAAGAGAAGUACUAGACAUUGCUGCGGCGGCCGCCAAACCCGGUGUAACAACAGACUAUAUCGAUGAGGUUGUUCACAAUGCUUGUAUAGAGCGAAACGCAUAUCCUUCCCCCUUAAAUUACAAUCAUUUCCCCAAGUCGGUGUGCACGUCCCCUAACGAAGUAAUCUGCCACGGAAUCCCCGACCAGAGAGUCCUCCAAGAUGGAGAUAUCUUGAAUAUCGACGUCUCGCUCUACCACGGAGGCUACCACGGUGAUCUAAACGAAACAUACUACAUUGGCGACAAAGCAAAAGCAGACCCAAACAACGUUCGACUCGUUGAGACCACCCGACAAUGUCUCCAGAAAGCCAUCGAACAUGUCAAACCCGGAGUGAAAAUUGGCGAUUUCGGCGACAUCAUCGAGAAACACGCAAAGACGCAGAACCUCAGCGUUGUGAAAACGUACUGUGGUCAUGGCGUCAAUUCCCUGUUCCACUGUGCGCCUAGCGUGCCGCAUUACGCGAAGAACAAGGCGGUCGGGAAAUGCAAACCUGGAAUGACCUUCACGAUUGAACCGAUGAUUUGUCUGGGCAGCUACAAGGAUAAGACGUGGCCAGAUGACUGGACGGCAGUGACCAUUGAUGGAGCCAGAUCAGCCCAAUUCGAGCACACCCUGCUCGUUACGGAGGAUGGCGUUGAGGUUCUAACGGCACGGUUACCCGGCUCGCCCGGUGGGCCUGUGCCGAUGCCUGCGGUCACGAAUGGGGACGCUCCCAAAUCUUGA